AUGGAUGACUACGACAACAUUCUCAGUUCGGUUCAAAUAUACGGGCGAUCGGCGGGGAAGUCACCGCUCGAUGGAGAGCCUGAGAAAUUGCAGGAGACCAUGCGCAUAGCGCUUGACAUGUUGUACACCAGCGCUGUGGAGGACAGUCUUGAGUACCAUACGCCGCUGCAAAAUUCUGCGGCCAAGUUUGAGCUUUUGGUAUCGCCAUCAAGGACGGCCAACGCGUCAUGGCCAAAAGCCUCGCCUUGUUCCCGCAAGAACGAUCCGACCGGCAUGUUGGACCAAGACGAGCUAGACUUCAGGGCAUUGGAGGGCAUAUCGUACACGCUCUCUCUGACGCCGGAACUCCUUGCAAAGUAUCAGCGCGCUGGCAAAGCCUUGAUCCCAGACAAAGCAAAUAUCCUGGGCAAAACUUACAAGUACGAGAACCUGCAUGGUGACGGGAGCCGGUGGCUACCGACAGCCUGCAUUUAUGCUGGGCUUCCUGAAAUGGCGCGUUGCGCUGACGCGGACGGGAUAUUCGAGUUCCUCCUCAUCGACGUGCAGAUUGGGGUGUGUCUGCAGGAGUCACGCAUCAGGCAGGCCGUCUCCACGGUGCAGCUCUACUUGCGAAGGUGCACCCUCAGGCUGGGGAAGGUGGAGCAGGUCGCGAGAAAUACGGUCAACAUGGACCGUUACAGGCUGUGGGAGGUGAACCGCAGGGUCUUCCUCCACCUGACUGGCACAACCAUGCGCGACGACAAGACCGAGGUGUUCAGGCUGCUCUCGUCAGACAUCCUGCAGAACGACCUCAACAGCGCCAAAGUGGUCGGUUUAGUCAAAGGCUACGUGUAUGGCAUCGACACGAUAACCGACCUUGACGUGCAGGUCUACCUGUGGAAGAAUGUCGAGAACUGGAGCGGCAUGUUCCACUUCUUCACCCGUACGAGGGCCGCACCGUACAUCGACUACUAUCACACGCUCGACAUUGUGCCGAGUCCCAUGGGCAGGGGAUCAAGAUGUACUGGCAGCCCUGGACCAAGAUUGAUGUCGAGCUCCCGGUGCACGAGAGAAUGUGUGUUUCUCUUCUUCACCCAGAUCACCCUCAAGACAGCUCCCAACGGCGCAACCAAGGACAAGGCGAUCAAUGAUAUUAGCAACGAGAAGCCAGACGCCUCCAUGGCGUCAAAGUACUGGCAAACCACUCUAGAUGUCAGAAGUGCCCAGAGCACCGACUUCCUAAUUCAGGGGCACGCUUCCGGCGAAGGCUGUCUAGGUCGAGACAGAGAAUCUCCCAGACGUAUUCUCGCUCAAAUUCUGGAUCCGGUCUACGCCAAGCUCCUCGCCCCUCCUGCUGGAUCAAGCAGGGCGGCGGCGCCUUCGCCAUUGCCAAGCAAUGUUCCCGCACCGAGUACCAGUAUUUUUGUCAUCGAUGUGGAGCGCUGGAUCAAUGCAGGGGAAGGCCAGCAGCCUCGGUACCUCAACUAUCCGCUAGGAGGUGGGGAGGCCUACGACAAAUAA